UUGGCGUGAUAAGUGUAUUUCGGAAGGCAUCCCAGUUGUCCAAUUUUCACUAGCGUCGCCGACUCCAAAUAUCCGAACAAAUCCGAGAACCUCCGAGCUUUGUCGAAACAGUGCACUCUGAACACUCUGAACCCAAGAUCAGUAGGUUGAAUUGUCGCGCAGUAACAGAAUAUCAAGCGUGGAGGUAUGUUGUAAAGCCUAGUUGGGAGCAGUCCAGAGGUAUAAUUGAUACAAAUCCUACAGACAAUGUUUAAAAACAAGUUGUGAAUAAUGGCGCAGCGAACAAAAGUAAUCGAGUUGUACAAAACGCUGCUGCACUUGGGGAAAGAUUAUCCAAAGGGAUACACUUACUUUCGUACAAACCUAAAAAAGAUAUUUACGAAAAACAAAGAUGAAAAUGAUCCACAAAAAAUUGAAAAAAUGUUGGAGCAUGGACAGUACGUGAUUAAAGAAUUGGAGGCUCUUUAUAUGCUUCGGAAAUAUCGAACCCUAAAGAAAAGAUAUUACAGUUAAAAAUAGUUUAGACUUUAUCAAAUAACCUAGCUAAGAAGACUGUCGAGUACGAUUGAUAAGGACUGACAAUUGUAACAAUCCUGUCUUCUAUAGUGUAUAUAUAAUAUCUUGUGGUUCAUAUAUAUUAGUUCUAUUAUUAAUGCAGUUGGCAGCGUAUAGAAUACAGAAGAUUCCAAAUUUUA